AUGCCAUCAGCAGUCUCCCCCCUCACCAACGUCAAAGCCCUCCUCUUUGACAUCUUCGGCACCACGGUUGACUGGCGCGCCUCCGUCACUGACGAAAUAUCCCUUCGGGUAUUCCGCAAACUCGGGUCCGACAAUGUUUUGCCAUCUUCCCUGAAAACCCGCCUCGAGGGCCUCACUCAGGCAGACUGGGAUAGGUUCAUACAAGAGUGGCGCAACGCAUACAUUGCCUUUACGAGAUCAUUCAACCCGGAAACAGAUGCCUGGAAGAUUGAUCAACAUCACUACGAGAGCCUCGUCGAGCUUCUCAAGAAAUGGGACCUCGACGGAUUAUUCUCGGAGACGGAGCUUACAUCUCUGAGCUUGGUCUGGCAUAGACUCUCUCCAUGGCCUGAUUCCCCAGAUGGCCUCGUGGAGCUGAGCCGCAAAUACAUCACUGGGACUCUCUCAAACGGAAACACCAGCCUGCUGCGUGACGUAAACGACUUUGGAGGGUUGACUUUUCACAAAGUGUUCUCUGCUGAGACGUUCAAGGCUUACAAGCCCAAUCCGGCAACGUACCUCGGCGCCGUGCAGGCAUUGGGAUUGCAGCCGGAGGAGGUGGCUCUGGUGGCGGCGCACUUGGGGGACUUACACGCUGCGAGGGGAUGCGGUUUGAGGACGAUUUAUGUCGAGAGGAGUAGAGAGGAGGCUUGGGAGCCGGAGGAGGAGAGGUAUAAGGAGGCGAAGGGGUGGGUGGAUUUGUGGGUGACGGAGGAGGAGGAUGGGUUUUUGACUGUUGCGAAGAAGCUGGCAGAAUUAGAGUAA